AUUGUCGCUGAACCUCAAGAGCGGCAGCCGAGGAGGGAAAUUUGAACGUCGUUGUGCCCUGUUUGUUUGUAUCUGUAUGUAGCUAGCUAGCUAGAGGGCUACAAAUAGCAUCUCGCCUAAAAUUGCUAUGGAACCACUCCAUGAUCAGAACGUAAGUCUGGGGUCCCCCUUCAAGCACAGUUACUUCGGAAGUUUCUCUCUUCCUCCGGAGAGAACGUCGCCUCCAGUUGUCAAGGAUGUUCCAAUCGGCCCGGUGACAAACACCGUGAACCUACAAGAGUUCAACAUACAUAUGUAUCGGACCACACCUGACGCUGGCAGCCAAGCGGUGAUUGCAGCCCUGAAGACUCUUCAGGAGAAGAUGCGGCGCCUGGAACUGGAGAGAGUCCAGGCGGAGAGUAACGUGAAUCAGCUGUGCAAGCUCGCCGACCGGGACGGGGGGACCGCCCAGCGGAAACAGGGCGGCCGGGAAACCGGGGGAAGAGAAGGCAGGCCGAAACAAGAGCUGGCCGUACAGCUGCAGUCUGCAGAAGCACGCUGCUCCCUCCUGGAGAAGCAGCUGGACUACAUGAGGAAGAUGGUGGAGGGGGCGGAACAGGACCGAAACGCGGCCAUUCAGAAGCAGGACUCUCUCCGUGCGGAGGAGAGGAAGAACCAGCCGGACGUCGAGGCUCAGCUGCAGAAACUGGAGAUGCUGGAGAGGGAGUGUCAGAAGCUGAGCAGCACCCAGUCUGUGGCGGAGAGGAAGAUCGAACUCCUGGAGCUGAAGCUUCAGCAGGAGGAGCACGAGCGGAAGCUGGUACAGGAGAAAGCGGCUGAGCUACAGAGAGGCCUGGAAAUGAACCGCGCUCUGUAUUCCUCCGUUUCUGGGGUCAAGCCGAAGAGGAAAACAAAGACGCAGCUCAUAAGGAAAACCGCUGCGGUGUCUCCUGUUCCUCAUGCCGGCUCCAAGGCCAAGCCCUUGCCCUUCGUAGCGGGAACGUCCACCGGGCCCAGCCACUCGGUUAGCGCCAACGUGCAGAGUGUCCUGCACACGCUGAAGCACCACCACCCCCAGCUGUGCGACCGCGUCCAGCUGUGCCUCCGGAGGGCCGGCCCCGAGGCCCCCAGGGGCCCCCGCAAGGGCCCCGCCCUGGGGAACCUCUCCGAGCUGCUGCUGGCCCUGCAGGACGAGCUCGGACUGAUGAGUUUCGAGCACCAGGACCUCCUGCAGCAGAUCUCGGGCACGCGGCAGCAGGGUCCCAGGGAGGCCCUGGAGAGGGAGCAGGUCUGUCUGCAGAAGCGCAUGGAGGAGAAGGGGGCGCAGAUCUCCCAGCUGAAGAAACACCAGCUGGCGGUGCAGAAGCUGAAGCAGGGAUCCCGGGAGCCGAAAAGGAGGCCCUCGAGCGCGGACGGCCGCAUCGGGGCCAAAUCGCUGCCCUCCUCCCCGGCCCCCGGCCCCCCCCAGCGCCACGGAUGCAGAGCAGGCAAGAGUUUCCCGGGCAACCGGGCCCCGCCCAAGGGACCGGUGAGACUCCAGACCAAUCUGAAGAAGGAUGACAUCAUAUGGGAGACGUAGAGGCUGUUCCAGGAUUAACCACCCCCCCCCCCCCCCCCCCCCACUCCUCUCAGCCACGUCACGGAGGGGGCCACUCUGGCACUCCCGGGAGUGCUUUUCCGUGCAGGGCAGGGCAUUAAUAAUUGAAUUUGGUAAUUGAAUUCCGUCCUGUACAGCGGCUAUAUAUCUCGCUGCUUGGAAGAAUGUUGAUGGUUUUAAAGCCUUCCCAUUUUUAAUACGGACCUGUUCCGAGCUUUUCCCAUUUCAGCGGAAUAGGAAUUCCGGGAAUGUUUAAUUCUUUAAAUUUUAUCCAUCCGUCACAAUUGAAUGUGUGUUUUAU